CCUCCUCCGCGCUGCGCUCCCCACCCCCGCUCCAGGAGCCAGAAGAUGCAGACGAUACUUUUCCGGGAGGCAAGAGAGCGUCUUUACACAGGCACCGAGAAGCUCCCAGUGGGGUAUGCCUUAAUGGUGCCACUCUUGUCUGCGUCUACACUUAGGGGCUUGGCUUCUGACUUGGGGAGUGUACAGCUCUGCCCGGCGACAACCCAGCUUGGGAAGAGAAGCCCCAGCGUGGGUCAGGGCUCAAGACUCAGGGAGGCCGAACCCUGCGUGGGCGGCUCCGGGCGGGCGCAGCACCCCCAGGCACCGUCUCCUAGUGACCGCGGCGCUUACGGGCCCGGCGACCGUUGUCCGGGCGACUGCGCAGCGCAGGCACCCCCGCAGCCCCUCCCCUGGGCGCGCGCGCGACCUGGGUGCCAUGGCGGCGGCGGCAGUGACAGGCCAGCGGCCUGAGACUGCGACGGACGGGGAGGCCUCGAGGCCGCAGUGGGUGCCACCAGAGCACUGCCAGGCACAGGCGGCGGCCGGGCUGGGCGGCGGCGAGGACGCACCGGUGCGGCCACUGUGCAAGCCCCGCGGCAUCUGCUCGCGCGCCUACUUCCUGGUGCUGAUGGUGUUCGUUCACCUGUACCUGGGCAACGUGCUGGCGCUGCUGCUCUUCGUGCACUACAGCAACGGCGACGAGAGCAGCGACCCUGGGCCCCAGCUCCGCGCCCAGGGCCCCGGGCCCGCGCCUGCCUUAGGUCCCCUCACCCGGCUGGAGGGCAUCAAGGUGGGGCACGAGCGUAAGGUCCAGCUGGUCUCCGACAGGGAACACUUCAUCCGAACCCUCAGCCUCAAGCCGCUGCUCUUCGAAAUCCCUGGCUUCCUGACUGAUGAAGAGUGUCGGCUCAUCAUCCAUCUGGCGCAGAUGAAGGGGUUACAGCGUAGCCAGAUCCUGCCCACUGAAGAGUAUGAAGAGGCAAUGAGCACUAUGCAGGUCAGCCAGCUGGACCUCUUCCAGCUGCUGGACCAGAACCGUGAUGGGCGCUUGCAGCUCCGUGAGGUCCUGGCCCAGACUCGCCUGGGAAAUGGUUGGUGGAUGACUCCAGAGAGCAUUCAGGAGAUGUACGCCGCGAUCAAGGCUGACCCUGAUGGUGAUGGAGUGCUGAGUCUGCAGGAGUUCUCCAACAUGGACCUUCGGGACUUCCACAAGUACAUGAGGAGCCACAAGGCAGAGUCCAGUGAGCUGGUGCGGAACAGCCACCAUACCUGGCUCUACCAGGGUGAGGGUGCCCACCACGUCAUGCGUGCCAUCCGCCAGAGGGUGCUGCGCCUCACUCGCCUGUCGCCUGAGAUCGUGGAGCUCAGCGAGCCGCUGCAGGUUGUUCGAUAUGGUGAGGGGGGCCACUACCAUGCCCAUGUGGACAGUGGGCCUGUGUACCCAGAGACCAUCUGCUCCCAUACCAAGCUGGUAGCCAACGAGUCUGUACCCUUCGAGACCUCCUGCCGCUACAUGACAGUGCUGUUUUAUUUGAACAACGUCACCGGUGGGGGUGAGACUGUCUUCCCUGUAGCAGAUAACAGAACCUAUGAUGAAAUGAGUCUGAUUCAGGAUGACGUGGACCUCCGUGACACACGGAGGCACUGUGACAAGGGAAACCUGCGUGUCAAGCCCCGACAGGGCACGGCAGUCUUCUGGUACAACUACCUGCCUGAUGGGCAAGGUUGGGUGGGUGACGUAGACGACUACUCGCUGCACGGGGGCUGCCUGGUCACGCGCGGCACCAAGUGGAUUGCCAACAACUGGAUCAAUGUGGACCCCAGCCGAGCGCGGCAAGCGCUGUUCCAACAGGAGAUGGCCCGCCUGGCCCGCGAAGGGGGUGCCGACUCACAGCCCGAGUGGGCUCUAGACCGGGCCUACCGCGAUGCGCGCGUGGAGCUCUGAGGGGAGAGUUGGCCCUGGUUCCCAGCCGCGGGUCGCCAGCUGCCCAAGAUCGGAGAUCCAGCUGUCCUCCUGUCCUGUUGCAGACUAAAGGUCUGGCCAAUGUCUAGCCCCACCCUGCCAGCCGCGAUACGGCGUAGUUCCUAUAUUCAUGUUAUUUAUUGUGUACUGACCCCAUGCUGCCCCGUCAAAUAAAAAAACGACAAGGUUCG